AUGUUUGACGACUACGAUCCUGUUGAGAACUACAAGACUAUUCUUAAGAGAGAUUCCCUUGAUGGCUAUCAAGCCCUGGAGAACAAGUACAAUCUAAACAAACUAUCUGGCGAGAUGGUUGUCGUGAAAGACAACCUGGGUGGCCUGUAUCUUGUGUUCCAUACCCGGAAUGAGUUCUGGGACCACUAUCUCUCUCUCCCCAAUGGCCACCGAUGUUACGAUAAAGUUAUUUUCGGCCAUCGCCCUCAGCACCCUAAACUUGAUAUUGACAUCGACGAUAUUCCUCGUGGCGAGGAUCAGCAGGUUGUCUCUAUCAUGAGGACUAUUAUCGAUGCCUUCGAACAAGAGUUCUAUGAUUCCUAUAACAUCUACCCUCAUAGGAAAUCCUUUACCCUCCUAGACUCUAGCGGGUUUUCUCGCUCUAAGGGCAAGUGGAAAUACUCGUUCCAUCUCCACCUCACGGCUCAUGCCUUCUGCAACUACAUAGAGGCACGAAACUUCAGGAGUCGACUUUUAUCCCGCCUGCCCCAGCACUUGCACAAGUACGUGGACGAUGUUAACAAGCGCAUACAGAGCUUUCGUUUGUAUGGCUCCUCUAAGCUAGGCGAGACUCGGCCGUUUGUCUUGUCCCCCUAUUCUUCGCAAUUGGGCACUAACGAUGUGAUCGAAUUCUAUGAUGCCCUUCUUGUUACUGCACACCCCCUUUGGAACAGCAUCGUGGGGAAUGCCAGCAUCGCUGGUGCUAGUACCCCUCCCAUCUUUUCUCCUGCCUCUGAGGAUUGUCAGGAAACCCUUAUCGACCACGCUAUUUCUCUCGCUAAUGAUCUACACGCUACUUACGGCUUUUCUCUUCAUGAUGUCAAGUUUCCCUUUGCUAAUUUCGACAGGACUUUCCCGACCCAUUGCACUAUCUGUAAUGAGACUCACCACCGGAACAAUUCCCUCUACCUGCUGUUGAAACAGCGAAGCGAAACACUGUGGGCCGUCGAAGAGAGGUGCCAUCAAGAUUCUAAGAGAAAUCACCGCACACUCGGGUAUCUCACUGUUGGCAACAACACUAUUUCUCAUUCCUAUGAGUAUCCUGUUGAUGCCGUUUCUCCUAUUUCUGCUAAUAACGGGCAACCCCUCUCACAGGGGCCCUCUUCUGGCACAUUUUCUAGGCAAGACCGUUUGGGCAAACGUAUUAAUGGCAUCCAUAACGGAACUGUCGACCCUAAGCUUAGUGUUGAUACUUCAGCCGAUUGCCUUCUUUCUAGUGCGAGUAUCAUCAAAUACUCCAGUGACUCUAUGGAGGACUACGAGCUAGUGCCUACCUUGCUAGUCAGAGGUAAUAUGGGAUUGGGUAAGACCAAAACACUCCGUCGCUACCUUGACAACUAUUUUCCACGCAAUGCGACAAGAGAACCAGUCAUCCGUUUUGUCACUUUUCGGCAGACAUUCAGCCAAUCCCUGCAACAGUUGUUCCCUGACUUUACUUCGUACAAAGACAUAGCCCUUGGUGGGAUAUGCCAGGCGGACUUCCCUCGUGUAAUUGUACAGGCCGUACACAGUGGACAGAAGAUUGUUGUUCCUGUAAACUGUCUCAAAGACGCAAAGUUCGUCGAAGAACUCCUACACACUAGGGCCAGCGACAAGAAAGUGGAACUCUACAGCAGUGAGACCCUUCCCUCGAAAAAGAAGGAGCAUUUCGGUGACGUUCAUUCCUACUGGAGUGGACUUGAUGUCCUUAUCUACACCCCUACCGUCUCAGCCGGGAUUAGUUUCGAGUUAGAGCUCUUCGAUACUGUGUUCGCUUGUUUCAGUGACAAUUCAUGCAAUGUUGAGACCUGCUGCCAGAUGCUGGCCAGAGUCCGGAAGCUUCGAACACAGGAAUACUUUGUCUGUUUUCGAUUGAUGAACGAUUGCCAUUCAUUAGCUGAGACUACCGAAGAAAUUUCCCAGCUGUUACAUGACAAACGCACUGGACUGUACCAGACGGUUACUGACGUUGCACUACAGUUUGAGUAUACUGUGGAUGGCGGUAUCCGGUUCUACAAGUCCGAUUAUUUCCAUCUCUGGCUUGAGACCGAGCGUCUCAGGAACCUCUCGAAAAACAAGUUCAUGUUCCGGUUUGUGGAUCAAGUUGCUUCCACUGGCGCCAGCAUUGCCCUUCUUCCCGAGCACGACCCUAGUGUCAGCAGAGAUUAUUGUGCUACUUAUAAGUCUAUUAAGAAUGAGCUGGAGCUUGUACAUUGCGAGGCAGUAGCUAAGUCUCCAAAUAUUUCCGAAAAUAGUGCCCUCUCCCUGGUAGAAAGGCUGAAUAACGAAGAAGACGUUUACUGUUCCAGAAAAGAAUUCACUGAAAAAGUACAACCUACGUGUGGCUUUCAGUGUAUACGUAAUAAGAACAGCGUCCACGAUGAACUACUGGAAAGGAAUAUACGUGAGUUGCUUCCCGCACUUAAGAAACACAUGGACAAGUUCUUGUACGAGUUUGAGUCGAGGAGAAAAGGUGCAACACCUAGCUACACGAUUACCCAGAAUUCUGUGGGCAAACUAUUUGUAUAUUCAGAGAGAGACAAUCCUGCUCCGGAUGACUCUGACAAACCUAUCAUCUACUCUAGCCUAGAAAAAAUACCUUCACCGGAUGCAGACACCAAAAGUGAGGGGGUUUUUGUGUUUACCCAAAAAAACAGUGGAUUUGUAGAUUUUAGCUUGAACAUUUAUGACGAUACUGGUGAAUAA